GGGAGGACGGGCCAUCGUCUCCGUCUUCUUCGUCCGGUUUCUCAAACUCGUCGACGAUGAGGCAGGACAGCCACCCUUCGCACCCUGCGGGUUCGUCCUCUUGGCGGGACAAUGAUUAAGCUCUAUUCUUGGAUGGGAUGGGUCGGCCCAAGGUUGGUGAGGUCUUGGCAAGGACCCAUCAACUCCGACCGUUCAGUGUGUUGCAUGUCUUCUUUCUGUCCAGACUCUUUCUCCGUAACGUCCCAAACCCCGUCAUAUAAGUCUUCUGCUCCUCCCCCCCGUUUUGCCCAACCUCUCGACUUGGCUUCAUCCUGCAUCCCGCAUCCUGCUUCUCGUUAUACAAGCAAGCUUAAUAUCAACUCCUUUCACGUCCGAGUCCCAGUCUCUCACUGACUUUCCCGCUCACUGUCACUGUCGCUUUCAGUCUCACUUACUACCAAGACUUCCGCGCUCCAUCACAGCAACCAUGUAUAUCUCUUCUACUCUUCUUGGCGCCGGCGCCGCCGUCUUUGCCCUCGCUGGAGGUGCCAACGCAGGCCCGGUCGCCCGCCGUCAAAGCCCUCCCGUGGGCCAGUCCCUCUCGCAGUGCACCCAGCCUGGCCUCGUCGCGCUCACGUUCGACGACGGCCCCUUCACCUUCACGUCGCAGCUGCUCGACACCCUCAAGGCCAAUAACGUCAAGGCGUCCUUCUUCCUCAACGGCAUGAACUAUGGCAACAUCGAGACGGCUCCCUACCCGGACAUCGUCAGGCGCAUGAAGGAUGAGGGCCAUCUCGUCGGCUCCCACACGUACUCGCACGCGGACCUCAGCACGCUCUCGUCGGCCGACCGCAUCGCUCAGAUGACGCAGCUCGAGGACGCCAUGCGGCGCAUCGCCGGCUUCGCGCCGCGGUACAUGCGCACGCCCUACCUGUCGUGCGACGACGCGUGCGUCACCGACCUCACCAACCUCGACUACCACAUAAUCGACACCAACCUCGACACCAAGGACUACGAGAACGACACGCCCGAUACGACGCACAUCUCGGCCGAGAUGUUCAUGAACGGGCUCAGCGAGGACGCCUCGUCCAACAGCUACAUCGUCCUGUCGCACGACGUCCACGAGCAGACGGUCGUCUCCCUCGUGCAGAAGAUGAUCGACACCCUCAAGGCUAGGGGUUACCGCGCCGUCACCGUCGGGGAGUGCCUCGGCGACGCCCCCGAGAACUGGUACAAGGCCUAAGCCCGGCCGGAUGGGGGGUGGGCUCUUCGUCGUUGUUGCGGUAUUGUGGUGUUAUUAGAGGGGACCUGGCUUGUCAUUGUUACUUAUUUACUUAUUUAUUUAUGUAGAAAAUGGGGUCACUUUCAGGAUGCGAGGCUUUGGCUGCGAAAGUCGAUUUCCGUCGACGUUUUCUAUCUAUGGGCUCGCGUUACGGGAGAAGAUGGGGGGGGAGUGGUGGGAGGUUUUUUUUUU